GGAAAAAAACAUUUAAGCUAAGAAUGAACCCAUUAUUUAUCGAGUGUAUUUCUUGAUAUAUUCUCUUCUUCUCGGCCGUCGCCUAGUAGACCGACCAACCCAUCUCUCCGGCAGUUGAGCGACCAACCGCCGCACGCCCGUGUUAAUUCUCCUCUGAGGAUAAAAAUGCCAAAAGUAAAGACAAGCCGAGUUAAAUACCCAGAAGGCUGGGAGUUAAUUGAGCCUACACUUCGCGAACUUCAAGCAAAGAUGAGGGAAGCUGAGAAUGAUCCACACGAUGGCAAAAGAAAAUGUGAGACUUUGUGGCCUAUAUUUAAAAUUGCACACCAGAAGAGCCGCUACGUAUUUGACCUCUACUAUAAGAGAAAGGAAAUUUCUAAAGAAUUGUAUGAAUUCUGUUUAGAUCAAGGAUACGCUGACCGCAAUCUUAUUGCAAAAUGGAAGAAGCCUGGUUAUGAACGCCUUUGUUGCUUAAGGUGCAUCCAGCCACGCGAUCACAACUAUGCCACGACUUGUGUUUGCAGAGUGCCCAAGCAUCUUAGAGAGGAGAAGGUUAUAGAGUGUGUUCACUGUGGUUGCAAGGGUUGUGCAAGCGGGGACUGAUCGAACCUCGAUUCUAUUAUCCAGAGGGUUUGUUGGAAUCAUUUGGUUAUGUGUUCUGAAACCCUCCCAGGGCUUAACUUCUCCACCUUGUAUUACAGUUUACUAACCUCAAAGAGCUAUGCACUGGGAAAGUUUUAGUUAAUUAUUAUAUCAUCAGCAUAGUUCAAAACUGACUUGAGUUUUGUAAUAUUUGGUUUGGAAUAGUCGAACAACUUGUAAUACUUUUUGCUCCUUGUAUUAUUAUUAUUUCUUAGACUUCUUCUA